UUGAAGACAUUAAACAACGAGUAGACACUUCAAUUAUCUCCAAAAUUACACAUUGAAAAACAUUACGUUAACUUUCAUUUCUCAAAUUCAUUAACUUUAUUUUAACCUGCCCCACUUCUCAAAUCCAUCUCCAUUUGCAAUUGUUCGAACGUUACGCAAUUAACAACGAAGAACGGCAAUGCUUCGUUAAUCUAGAGCCACCGGGACGUAAGGUACUCUUUACACAACUACUUCUCGAUAAUAGUAUUCACAUGAUCUGUUAAUCUAUCCGUCAGGCGAAGGUAUGGUUGCAUCAUUGCGCAUGUCCGACGACCUUGUAAUCAAUGCCGCCUCUCCGCGUCGUACAGUCUUCAACUAAACCUUUUAUCGCGAACAUGGAGAUCUCGAGCAAUGGACAAACGACAUCGUUGAACGCGAGUUACCAGAGAGAUGUGCGAUACAUUUUUACACCCAGCAGUUGGAUUCUCGGUUCGAUCGGUAUCUGGCCGAUCGCGUUCCGAGGCAUUGGACGACACAUUUCUAAAAUCUCUAUUUUCACCUGUAAUUUUGUACUAAGUUUCGCGAUGGUGCCCUGCGCCUUACAUAUAAUUUACGACCAGAAGGACCUCAACAUAAGGCUCAAACUCUCCGGACUCUUGGGCUUCUGCAGCACUGCGAUGAUAAAGUUCUUCGUUCUCGUGAUACAUCGUCCAAAAAUACGAAAGUGUAUCGAAUAUGUGAAGGACGAUUGGUGGCAGGUGAAGUUCAAGUCCGACCGCGAACGCAUGCUGAAGUACGCCGGCAUCAGUCGUAAUCUAUCUUUAAUCUGCACGACUACCAUGUAUUCCGCCGGCUUCAUUUAUCAUUUGAUCCUGCCGUUUUGCACCGAGCACAAAUUCGGCAACGAAACCAUCAGACCGCUUGUGUACCCCACUUACAGCGAAUUUAGUCAAAGCCAGAUAAGCCCGACAUACGAAAUAGUAUAUAUGUUCCAUUGUAUGUGCGGAUAUACUAUACACACGGUCACAGUCGGGACAUGUUUAUUGGCAGCGAUAUUUGCUACUCACGCCUGUGGCCAGAUUCAAGUGGUUUUAUCUCGUCUGGAAGAUCUUUUGGACGGUAAAAACUUUGAGCGAAUUCCAAACGUCCAGCAACGCAUCGCCGCCAUCGUGAAGAGCCACGUUCAAAUAAUGAGAUUUACAACAGUUGUGGAGGAAAUUCUGCAAGAAGUUUGUUUGGUUGACUUCACCAGCUCUAUAUGCAUAAUUUGUUUACUCGAAUAUUACUGCAUACUGGUGCGCUAAUCAUUUCUAGAAAGAUUUAAUUUUUAGAAAGUCGAAAUUUUAUAAAAAAUAGUCAUAUUUUUAUAUUAUGUUAGGAUUGGCAAGAAAAUGAUAGGAUCGGUCUAAUAACGUAUUUUAUGUUGUUCGUCUCAUUCGUCUUUAACGUGUUCAUAUUAUGUUACAUCGGCGAGCUCCUCAUGGAAAAGGUAUUUUUACAUCUGAUGCAUAGUGUAUCAUAUUGACCGUUUGUUGAGUAAUCAGUCGCG